AUGAAGCUGUUCGCGAUCUGCGACAUCGAGCGGUAUUGUUUCGUCAGCAGCGUCGACGGUGGAAUGAAUGGGGACCCGAAGCUGAGGGUUUGGUUCGACUGCCCACUGGGGCGGACCACUCGCCACGUCCUACAUGUCCUACUCGGCGCCUGCAAGAAGUUCGGUGACAAGAUCGACGGCUCUGGCGUGUACAUCGCAAUGGACAACUACUUCACAAGCCCGACCCUAUUCGAGUGUCUCGCGAGCCACGACAUCUUCGCGGUGGGUACGUGCCGGUCAAACCGAACGGGUGGUGCCGUGCCUUACUUGCAGAGCCUCGAUCGCCGCCCCGUCGAAAGGGGAGAGAUGCACUUUGCCCGCGCCGGCAAUGUCGCAUUCGUGCAGUGGCUAGACUCGAAGGAAAUCAUUCUGUGCAGCUCCAUCCACAUCGCCCAACCUCACGCCGCCAUCGGGGAGCCCAAGAAGGAGGACAGCGACGGCGGCGAUGACCACUUCGCACCUCUACCGUACAGGUGCUUCGUCUGUCCCCUACCAUCCCGUCCCCAUCCGUUCAUGUUCAGUCUGCGCAAAGCUGGUCAGGCUGGGAAAAGCUUGGAGCUACAGCAGCCGUGGAUGCGCAAGGAUUAUGUUGCCAACAUGGGGGGAGUAGAGACGGCUGACCAGCAGAAUGUGUCCCACACCCAUGACCACAAGUCGUACACGAACCACUGGCGACGAGUGAUUGAGGGCAAGUUUGAGCGGAGGUUCACCAACAUUGUGGUGAUGUUCAAAAAGUACGUGUCCCUCUUGGAGGAUCAGGCCAACAAGAGGAUCAAGGGAGGGGGCCUAGAGCUUGAGGUGGUGGAGAAGUUGGAUAGGGUGUUGGUCGAACUGGGCAGGUUGGCGAAGAUGGAGAGGGCGGUCUGGGACGAAAUGUUGUCGACGGAGCUCAUGGCGAGGUGCAAUGUUGGUAGACCGAACAAGGGGGGUAGACCGGCGGCGGUGACGGGGGCCCCGGACAAAGUGUGGGGGAGCAUUUCGGUGAAGACUCAACGCAAAUGCAUGCACCCCGGAUGCAAGAGUAAGACAUCGAAAGGAUGUGCCUGCGCGGAGCUUUGUGUUGGCAAACAGGCAGGGGACCGGGGUGUUUUGAUGUGCCAGGCAUGCUUCAACAACCCUGUGAAGCACGCUAGGGCCGGAGAUGCUCAACGGAACCCCCAGAAGUACGGGGUGGUGGGACGCAAGGAUCUCGUCUGGUGGUCGCGAGCGCAUUUUUUUUUUGCCUAACGUUUUACGUUGAAUGUGGCAAGUGUUCCUGGCGGAGGAGACGCGGAUGUGUUUCGAGGGUGCUCCGUUGUGAUUUGCCUGGGGGUCAAACUGAUCCUACAAGUGCAUAUUAGUGUCGUCCAUCAACCAUCUUCCCUUCCGCUAGGGAUUUGUUGUGCCUUUAUCGUCCACCUGUGUUUUCUUGAAAACAACGNCGAGCGCAUUUUUUUUUUGCCUAACGUUUUACGUUGAAUGUGGCAAGUGUUCCUGGCGGAGGAGACGCGGAUGUGUUUCGAGGGUGCUCCGUUGUGAUUUGCCUGGGGGUCAAACUGAUCCUACAAGUGCAUAUUAGUGUCGUCCAUCAACCAUCUUCCCUUCCGCUAGGGAUUUGUUGUGCCUUUAUCGUCCACCUGUGUUUUCUUGAAAACAACGGCGGACGAGUGAUAGUCUUCGUGCCUUCGUCGUUAACCUGUGUUGCUGAUAACAGCAGUGGUAUUGUGGUGUGACUUGUCUUUUGGUGUUAGAACAUUCGGUUGUUUCCCGACCUUUCUUUGGUUUUACCACGGCCCUACGCGUUGCGGUCAGACAAAUGUCGUCCAGGCUAUGGAUGAUCGUUUCGACAUAACCAACCUUGUCGGCGUGUCCCCCUUUCCCCGUUGUUGGACGGACAAAGUUCAGGCCUCGUCGUGCUUCUGAAAGCGCUUGUUCCUUGGGGUCCUACGUAUCUGCCGAGAUAUAUGCAGCGGAGCGUUUGUUGUGGGGCACCUGUUGGGAGGGACAUAUUUUGACGUCCACACGUAUGUUUUUUUUGUCAACAACCUAACUACAUGUCGGCCUUGGGUUGUCGCCAGUAUCAGAGGUUUGGUUGACAGCCACGGUGGCCAUAGAGGCAAGAGUUUGCAAGAGUUGCAGAUAGCAUCGCAAGAGGUGUUUCGCAUCUACGAAACGAGUAUCUGACACAUUCCUUUUUCUGGCCGCGUGCGAUUUUUCUUUCGCGAAACAACGUGACACACACGCCAUACCGAUGGUGUCGCAAUACACCGAUGGUAUCUCAAUACACGAGGAUUUCGGAGACCGCGAGCGCCAUCGAAAUCCAAUUGUGCGAAUAAGGCGCUCCCUCCACGCGAGGGAGCCAUGCGUACGUAGAAGUUUUUUUUUUGUUGUCUUCGUUCCCACACCACGCUGACCUCGAUAUACACAUGCCUACACCCUCCUACGGGUGUGACUUCAAAAUGAGCCAAUGCUCUUUGCCAAUGCUAUUUGUAGAAUGCACCACCGCCACUCUCAACGACGCGUGCCUUGCCGACACCAUUUGUCGAAAUUAGCCCCGCGAACUCAACAACAUGCGGAGACAAGACGCCCGGCAAACCACGCACAAUCCUCGACGGUCUGCUCGAUCCGGAACCAACCAGCCAUAAAAAAAAAUCACGGCAUGUACAUGCAUAUCGGCGCGCAAAUCUUCCAAAUCCUCGUGAGCAAGACGUCGUCCAGCACACACCCCAUCCCUCACGCCCCAUGAGCAGCCUAUCGUACACCCUCAAAUAUCACGACAGGAAGGCGUCCGAAAUGGCCGCUGGCACGGGUUCAUCCCCCGGCCACACCGCGCGGCACGCCUGCGUGAAGCAGUCACUCCUCGUGAUCUGCACGCCACGACCCCUUGCAUUCAUCUGAAUGCUCGU